GGCAGAAUCGCGCGCGCCGAUCGCUGCGGUCUCUGUUUGUGUUUUUGUUUUGUUGUUUGGUUGGAGACUCCGCGUGCGUGCUGAAGUUUCUCUCCGUUUUCCACCCUGCUUUUUAACACAGAGGACGAUGGAGCAGUAAGCAACAGCAGCAGGUAAACGACGCUAAGCUGAUCAGGGGGCGGAACCUGCAGUGAGAAAGAGAAAGCCGUGUGGUCGGUUUGUGGGCGUUUGCGUUGUGUGCGUGCGUGUGUGUGUGUGUGUUGUGCUCCGUUGUGCGUCAUGCGGGCAGGAUGGAUGUGAAGGAGCGCAGGCCCUACUGCUCGCUGACGAAGAGCCGGCGAGAGAAAGAGCGGCGUUACACAGGCUCGUCCGGAGACAGUGAGGAGUGCCGCGUCCCCACACAAAAAUCCUACAGCUCCAGCGAAACACUCAAAGCCUUUGAGCACGACUCCUCACGCCUGCUGUACGGAACACGCGUUAAAGACAUGGUCCACAGAGACACGGAUGAAUACGGACGCCAAGGGCAGAACUUUAACCUGCGGCAGUUGGGCAUCUGUGAGCCAGCUGCCCGGCGCGGUUUGGCGUUUUGCGCUGAAAUGGGCCUCCCUCACCGUGGAUACUCGGCCGGCUCUGACAUGGACACCGAGGGCGAGGGUGUGAUGUCACCGGAACGUGCCAUGAGGCUUUGGGGCAGGGGGGUGAAGUCUGGCAGGAACUCCUGCCUGUCCAGCAGAUCAAACUCAGCCCUCACGCUGACCGACACCGAGCACGAGAACAAGUCCGACAGUGAUAACGGUUCUCCCAUGCCAUCCUCUCUCUCCAGUCCAUCAGAACAUAGCCAUUCGCAGCCUCCAUCCCCCAGCCUCCAUGACCCCCUGUGCGCCGAGCUCAGCAGCGCCGCCCUGCAGGCCGCACACUCACAGGAGGAGUUCACACUCUAUAGAGCUGUAGCACACAGCGCCACCACUGAGGAGCAAGUGCCCUGUCAGCAGCAGCAGGGUCAGUCCCCACUGCCCCCAGCCCCUCCCCCUCAUAAGCAGCAGCCGUUGGUGACGGCUCUGAACCACAGCUCAACGAGCCGGCGGAACGCCAGCCCGGCCCCACCGGCCCCCCCACCCGCAGAGCUGCCCACCACGCCCGAGUCCGUCCCGCUGCAGGACAGCUGGGUCCUGGGCAGCAAUGUGCCGCUGGAAAGCAGGCACUUCCUCUUUAAGACAGGCACAGGAACGACCCCUCUGUUCAGCACGGCAACUCCGGGCUACACCAUGGCAACGGGGGCAGUGUAUUCGCCCCCCACACGGCCACUGCCCCGCAAUACACUCUCCCGCAGCGCCUUCAAGUUCAAGAAGUCGUCCAAGUACUGCUCGUGGAGGUGCACGGCCCUCAGUGCUGUCGCAGUGUCCGUCCUAUUGUCCAUCAUACUCUGCUACUGCAUCGCCAUGCACCUGUUUGGUCUGAACUGGCAGCUGCAGGAGGCUGAGGGUUUCGCCUUUGAGAACGGUGUCAAAACAGACACAACACCAUCCAACACAGUGACUGCACUGUCUGCUGAACAUGGUAAAGUGGGUGUGUAUGUGCAGGAGAAUAACACUAUUGAUACCGGAGAGGUGGACAUUGGUCGGAGGGCUGUGCAGGAUGUUCCCCCUGGAAUGUUCUGGCGUUCGCAGCUUUUCAUCGACCAACCACAAUCUCUAAAGUUCAACAUCUCAGUGCCCAGAGAUGCCCUGGUAGGGGUGUACGGCCGCAAGGGCCUGCCACCAUCACAUACACAGUAUGACUUUGUAGAGCUGCUGGAUGGUAGUCGACUGAUAGCGAAGGAGAAGCGAGGACUAGUUGAGGUGGAGGGAUCAGUGAGGAGAGCGCGGUCAGUCAGUGUCCACGAGGCCGAAUUCAUCCGCUUCCUGGAUUCAGGAACCUGGCACCUGGCCUUCUACAAUGAUGGAAAAAACACAGAACAAGUCUCCUACAACACCAUUGUCAUAGAGUCCCUCACAGAGUGUCCACACAAUUGCCAUGGUAACGGAGACUGUCGCUCAGGAACGUGUCAUUGUUUCCCAGGGUUUCUUGGGCCUGACUGUUCACGGGCUGCGUGCCCUGUACUGUGCAGUGGUAAUGGUCAGUACUCCAGGGGGCGCUGUCUGUGCUACAGUGGCUGGAAGGGGACAGAGUGUGAUGUCCCCAACAACCAGUGCAUCGACAUUCACUGCGGAGGCCAUGGCAUCUGCAUCAUGGGCACCUGUGCCUGCAACACAGGCUACAAGGGGGACAACUGUGAGGAGUUGGACUGUCUGGACCCAUCAUGUUCGUCUCAUGGAGUGUGUAUCCAUGGAGAAUGCCAUUGUAAUCCGGGCUGGUCAGGCUCCAGCUGUGAGGUGUUGAAGACCAUGUGUCCAGACCAGUGUUCAGGCCAUGGCACCUUUCAGCCUGAAAGUGCCACCUGCAGCUGUGAUGCAAACUGGACUGGACCAGACUGUUCAGUUGAGGUGUGUGCAGUAGACUGCGGCUCUCAUGGUGUUUGUAUGGGCGGAAGCUGUCGCUGUGAAGAGGGCUGGACGGGGUCAGUGUGUGAUGUGAAAGCCUGUCAUCCCCGCUGCACUGAACAUGGAAACUGCAAGGAUGGCAAGUGUGAGUGUCAUCAGGGCUGGACCGGAGAACACUGCACAGUCGCUCAUCCGGAGACGUAUGUCCAAGGAGAGAGGAUAGGAUUUAAAGAGGGCUGUCCUGGGCUGUGUAACAGUAACGGUCGCUGUACUCUGGAUCAGAACGGAUGGCACUGUGUCUGCCAGCCUGGCUGGAGGGGGGCUGGCUGCGAUGUCGCCAUGGAAACCCUCUGUGCAGACGGCAAGGACAACGAAGGAGAUGGUCUGGUCGACUGUAUGGAUCCAGAUUGCUGUCUGCAGAGCUCCUGUCAGACACAGCUGUUUUGCCGUGGAUCACCUGACCCAGCUGACAUCAUCAGUCAGGGCCAGUCAGCUUCCUCACAGCAAGCCGCUCAGUCCUUCUACCAGCGAAUUAGCUUCCUUGUGGGACCAGAAAGCACACAUAUCAUUAGCGGUGAAAACCCCUUCAACAAAAGUCUGGUGUCUGUAAUCAGAGGCCAAGUGCUGACUGCAGAUGGAACGCCCCUCAUCGGAGUAAAUGUUUCCUUUGUUCAUUACCCGGACCAUGGAUACACCAUUACCCGGCAGGAUGGCAUGUUUGAUAUCCUGGCUAACGGUGGAGCUUCCCUGACUCUAAGUUUUGAGCGCGCUCCGUUCCUCACCCAGCAGCGCACCGUGUGGGUGCCAUGGAACGUUUUCUACGUGAUGGACACGCUGGUGCUCAAGAAGGAACAGAAUGAUAUCCCCAGCUGUGAUCUGAGUGGCUUCAUCAGGCCGAGCCCUCUCAUCCUCACCACUCCGCUCUCUACGUUCUUCAGAUCAUCUCCGGAGAACGGACCCAUCAUACCAGAGACACGGGUUCUUCAGGAGGAGACAGCCAUCCCAGGCAGUGACUUGAACCUAGUGUACCUGAGCUCACGGGCCGCUGGCUAUCGGCCCGUCCUGAAGGUCACCAUGACCCAGGCCACCAUUCCCUUCAACCUGAUGAAGGUGCACCUGAUGGUGGCUGUGGUGGGGCGGCUCUUCCAGAAGUGGUUCCCUGCAGAACCUAACCUGUCAUACACCUUCAUCUGGGACAAAACGGACGCCUAUAACCAGAGGGUCUAUGGCCUAUCCAAAGCAGUAGUGUCUGUGGGAUUUGAGUAUGAGUCGUGUUUGGAUCUGAUCCUUUGGGAGAAAAGAACAGCCAUUCUUCAGGGAUAUGAACUGGAUGCCUCUAACAUGGGUGGAUGGACGCUGGAUAAACAUCAUGUGCUGGACGUUCAGAGCGGUAUCCUAUAUAAAGGGAAUGGUGAGAACAUCUUCAUUUCACAGCAGCCUCCGGUGAUCAGCACCAUUAUGGGUAAUGGACGCAGGCGCAGCAUUUCCUGUCCCAGCUGUAACGGUCAGGCUGAUGGAAAUAAACUGCUGGCCCCAGUGGCUCUGGCCUGCGCAUCAGAUGGCAGCCUUUUUGUAGGAGACUUCAACUAUAUCAGACGCAUCUUCCCCUCUGGAAAUGUCACCAGCGUCAUGGAGCUCAGCAACAACCCUGCACAUCGGUACUACCUGGCCACUGACCCCAUGACCGGUCAGCUGUAUGUUUCGGACACAAAUUCGCGGCGGAUCUUCAGACCCAAAGUGCUGUCGGGAACGAAGGAGCUGCUGCAGAACGUGGAGGUAGUGGCUGGAACGGGGGAGCAGUGCCUGCCCUUUGACGAGGCACGCUGUGGAGACGGGGGAAAGGCCACUGAAGCCCUGCUGCUGGGACCUAAAGGUAUUGCCGUGGAUAAGAACGGAUUUAUUUAUUUUGUAGAUGGCACCAUGAUUCGUAAAGUUGACCGCAACGGCAUCAUCUCAACACUCCUGGGGUCAAAUGACUUGACCUCUGCACGUCCUUUGACAUGCGAUACCAGCAUGCACAUCGGACAGGUACGUCUGGAAUGGCCAACAGACCUGGCCAUCAACCCCAUGGACAACUCCAUCUAUGUGCUGGACAAUAACGUGGUUCUGCAGAUCACAGAGAACCGACAGGUGCGGAUUGUAGCAGGACGACCCAUGCACUGCCAGGUCCCAGGCAUUGAGUAUAGCCUGGGCAAGCGUGCCAUACAAACCACACUAGAGGGAGCCACAGCUAUCUCCCUGUCCUUCAGUGGAGUGCUAUACAUUGCCGAGACAGACGAGAAGAAGAUCAACCGCAUCCGACAGGUCAGCACCGAUGGGGAAAUCUCCCACCUGGCAGGGGCACCGUCUGACUGCGACUGUAAGAACGAUGCUAAUUGCGACUGCUACCUGACGGGUGACGGCUAUGCUAAAGAUGCCCGUCUGAAUGACCCCUCCUCUCUCGCAGUCUCUCCAGAUGGGACACUGUAUGUGGCAGAUUUGGGAAACAUUCGGAUCCGUGCAAUAUCCCGAAACCGCCCCCCGCAGGGCUCCUCCACCCUGUAUGAAGUUGCAUCUCCGGCCUCGCAGGAGCUCUACGUGUUUGACUCUAAUGGGACACACCAGUUCACCAUGAGCCUGGUGACUGGAGACUACAAAUACAACUUCAGCUACAGUAAUGAGAAUGACGUCACUGCUGUAACUGAUAGCAAUGGGAACACACUGCGCAUCCGCCGUGACCCUAACCGCAUGCCCGUUCGCAUUGUCGCCCCUGACAACCAGGUAAUCUGGCUAACCAUUGGUACGAAUGGUGGGCUGAAGACGCUGACGGCACAGGGGCAGGAACUGGUGCUCUUCACAUAUCACGGAAACAGCGGCCUGCUCGCCACCAAGAGCAUCCAGAUUGGCUGGACCACCUUCUAUGAUUAUGACAGUGAAGGAAGGCUGACCAACGUCACCUUUCCUACAGGAGUCAUCACCAGUCUAAUUGAAGAAAUGGACAGAGCUCUGACCGUGGACAUUGAAACCUCUGGACGGGACGAUGAUGUCAGCAUUACGACUAACCUGUCCUCCAUAGAUUCCUUCUACACACUGGUACAAGACCAGCUGAGGAACAGCUACCAGGUGGGCAGUGAUAACUCUCUGAGGGUCGUCUAUGCUAACGGAAUGGACUCACACUACCAGACGGAGCCUCAUAUACUGGCUGGGGCAGCGAACCCUACGGUGGCCCGGAGAAAUAUGAGCCUGCCUGGGGAAAAUGGUCAGAACCUGGUGGAGUGGCGCUUCAGGAAGGAACAAACCAGAGGAAAGGUCAUAGUGUUUGGCCGAAAGCUAAGGGUCAACGGCAGGAACCUCCUGUCCGUGGAUUAUGACCGAACAUUGCGGACGGAAAAAAUCUAUGACGACCAUCGGAAAUUCCUGCUAAAGAUUGUUUACGAUGCAGCUGGUCACCCCAUGCUAUGGGUCCCCAGCAGCAAGCUGAUGUCAGUUAACCUGACCUACUCCAGUAGUGGUCAGGUGACCAGCAUCCAGAGGGGGCCUACAGUGGAGAGAGUGGAAUACGACAGCCAGGGACGCAUCGUCUCCAGGACAUUUGCAGAUGGAAAAACCUGGAGCUACACUUACCUGGACAAGUCAAUGGUGCUCCUGCUCCACAGCCAGCGGCAGUACAUCUUUGACUAUGACUUGCAAGACCGGCUGUCCGCCAUUACCAUGCCUAGCGUGGCACGCCACACCAUGGAGACCAUCCGUUCUAUCGGUUACUACAGAAACAUCUACCAUCCUCCUGAGAGCAAUGCCUCAGUCACUGUAGACUACAGUGAGGAUGGCCAACUCCUCCGGGUGGCACACCUGGGCACAGGCCGGCGCGUCCUCUACAAGUACCGAAGACAGAACAAGUUGUCGGAAAUCCUCUAUGACAGCACUCGUGUCAGCUUCACUUACGACGAGACAGCCGGUGUCUUGAAGACAGUGAACUUGCAGAGUGAGGGUUUCAUCUGCUCUAUCCGCUACCGGCAGAUCGGCCCCCUAGUGGAUAGACAGAUAUUCCGUUUCAGUGAGGAUGGUAUGGUCAAUGCCCGCUUCGACUACUCUUAUGACAACAGUUUCCGAGUCACCAGCAUGCAAGGCGUCAUCAAUGAAACUCCACUACCCAUUGACCUCUACCAGUUUGACGAUAUUUCAGGCAAAGUGGAACAGUUCGGCAAGUUUGGGGUCAUCUAUUACGACAUAAAUCAGAUCAUCUCCACAGCAGUCAUGACCUACACCAAGCAUUUUGAUGUCCAUGGCAGGAUCAAGGAGAUCCAAUAUGAGAUCUUCCGGUCCCUCAUGUACUGGAUCACCAUCCAAUAUGACAAUAUGGGCCGUGUCACCAAGCGAGAGAUCAAGAUCGGACCUUUCGCCAACACAACCAAAUAUGGCUAUGACUAUGAUGUAGAUGGCCAGUUGCAGACUGUCUACCUGAAUGAAAAGAUGAUGUGGCGCUACAGUUACGACUUGAAUGGCAACCUGCACUUGCUGAACCCUGGCAACAGUGCCCGGCUCACACCGCUACGUUACGACCUAAGGGACCGCAUCACUCGUCUGGGAGAUGUCCAGUACAGAAUGGAUGAGGAUGGAUUUCUGCGUCAGAGAGGCGCCGAGAUCUUCGAGUACAAUUCCAAGGGUCUCUUGGUGCGGGUCCACAGCAAGGCUAGUGGAUGGACCAUCCAGUACCGCUACGAUGGCUUGGGUAGACGUCUAGCCUCCAGAAACAGCCUGGGCCAGCACCUGCAGUUCUUCUAUGCCGAUUUGAAUUACCCCACCCGCAUCACCCACGUCUACAACCAUUCCAGCUCUGAGAUCACCUCACUCUACUACGAUCUGCAAGGCCACCUGUUUGCCAUGGAAAUCAGCAGUGGAGAAGAGUUCUACAUUGCCUGUGACAAUACUGGAACUCCACUGGCCGUCUUUAGCAGUAACGGGCUACUUCUUAAGCAGGUUCAGUACACUGCUUAUGGGGAGAUUUACUUUGAUUCCAAUCCUGACUUCCAGCUGGUGAUUGGCUUCCAUGGAGGAUUGUAUGAUCCACUGACGAGGUUGCUGCACUUUGGAGAAAGAGAUUAUGACAUCCCAGCCGGCCGCUGGACCACACCAGACAUUAGCAGUUGGACCAGAGUGGGAAAGGAUCCUGCCCCCUUCAACCUGUACAUGUUCCGCCAUAAUAACCCUGUUAGUAAGGUCCAUGAUGUCAAAGAGUAUGUCACAGAUGUCAACAUCUGGCUGGUAACAUUUGGCUUCCACCUUCAUAAUGCCAUCCCUGGAUUUCCGAUUCCUAAAUUUGACUUGACGCAACCGUCACUGGAAAUGAGGAAGAGCCAGCUGUGGGAUGACCUUCCGUCCAUCUCAGGUGUUCAGCAAGAAGUGACCCGUCAGUCCAACGCAUUCCUGUCCUUCGAGAGGAUGCCGGAGAUCCAGCUUAGCCGGCGCCGCUCCACACGGGACAAACCCUGGCUAUGGUUCGCAACUGUCAAGUCUUUGAUUGGCAAAGGUGUGAUGCUCGCCAUUACCAGCAAGGGCCAGGUGGCCACCAAUGCCCUGAACAUCGCUAAUGAGGACUGCAUCAAGGUGGCAGCGGUGCUCAAUAAUGCCUUCUAUCUGGAAGACCUGCACUUCACCAUCGAGGGCCGCGACACGCACUACUUCAUCAAAACCAGCCUGCCUGAGAGUGAUCUGGGGGCACUGCGCCUCACCAGUGGCCGCAAGAGCCUGGAGAACGGCGUCAAUGUGACUGUGUCGCAGUCCACCACAGUGGUGAACGGGCGCACGCGGCGUUUCGCAGAUGUGGAGCUACAGUAUGGAUCACUGGCGCUCCAUGUACGCUACGGUAUGACAUUAGAUGAGGAAAAGGCACGUGUUCUAGAGCAAGCCAGGCAGAGGGCACUAGCAAGCGCAUGGUCACGUGAACAGCAGAGGGUGCGGGAUGGUGAAGAAGGCAUUCGGCUCUGGACUGAAGGUGAAAAACGGCAGCUUCUGAGCUCUGGGAAAGUUUUGGGCUAUGAUGGCUACUAUGUACUUUCCGUGGAGCAAUACCCAGAGCUUGCCGACAGUGCUAACAACAUCCAGUUCCUGAGGCAGAGCGAGAUUGGGAAAAGGUAACAGACUGCACCAUCUCAGCAGCCUCAUAACACACUACUGCCCCACUCUAUACCACCCUAUAUACUCCCUUAAAGCCCCCCCCACCCCCACCUGCAAACUGCAAGGGGUAGGGCUGGGGAAACUGUGCCUAGCUGCCUCUCUCUGAUACCAUGUAGAAAAAAAAAGACCUGGGACGACCUCCUCCUUUGUCACAAGCCACACCAGACACACCCCUAACUGACACGUUUUCUUCACGCUUGAAGUGUCAAGUAGAUGAAUGAACUCUUUCUGACAGAGCGAGGACUCUUAAUUUUGAAAACUAAAAUAAAAACUGUUCAUUAUGAAUCUUUUUUUGUGCUUUUUUGUAUGAAAUACCUUAAAGGUGAUAUGCUUAAUGGAUUAAAAAAAAAAAAGAAUGAACGGUGUGUUUACAUGCGCAAAACCACUGCACUCAGCUGGAGUAACCUGUACAAAGCCACUGGAUCGUUCUCAUUCAGGAUGCUAACUGUAGGCUACUGCGGUGGUCCAGGCUGAGCUUCGCUAACUCUGAAAGCUGUUCUUACUACCAAUAAACUGGUUUUGUGGACUGUUUUGGACAGAGUUGUACAGCCGUGAGUGAACUGGCCAUGAUCCUUUCCUGCUUCGCUUUCUUAAAGGACACAGUUAAGAUUUGAGUAUUCAAGUUAAGUGUUCAAGGUCAUUAUUGAACCAGCUCAAUUGUUGGCGGACAUAGAGUAGAGAGCAAAACAGACAAAACUAAACAUAUAUAUCAUAUCUGACCAGUCUUUUGACAAGAUGUGAGAGUAUCUUUAUGGAUUUUUUUUUUAAACUUAAAAAAAGUUACACUUAUCCGUACAUGAAUAUUAGUCUCAGAGAAAGUAAUUUAUGUACAGUGUUUAUACAUAAAAAAUAAAAUCUUAAAAAUAUUGAGACUUUUUUUGUCUUGUCAUGCAUUACUGUUUACACUUCAUGAAUUUUAAUAUUUGAUCUUAUCAGAAUUUAUGGUAAUGCUUAUCAAAAUAAAAUCAGCUGUACUGUCU